AUGGUAGCCCGCUGGUCGGAUGAAGAGGUUCAGUUUGGACAAGCAGUCGCGUUCAACAAGGAGCUUUUGGUGUGCAUUGGGAUCUACGUCCACGAAUUCGUAUGCUCUCUCCGGUUCGACUGGAUGCUGUUGAGAAGAGACGACUCUCAGCGCGCUCCUCUGGCUAGAUGCGUGAAAUGGCUCUACAUGCUUUGUCGGUAUUCGGCUCUGGCGACGUGCGUCACCGUAUCCGUCAUCGGUCUAUCGCAAGCCCAUCUGGACUGCCAGACAAUGAUCAAGUUCAUCAAUGGCACUGCAUUGGCCGCGGUAACCAGUGCGACGGUGCUGCUAUUCGUGAGAGUAGGCGUCGUCUGGGCGUGGGACAAGCGCCUCACGGCGGCAUUCGCUCUGGGACAUCUUGUUGUCGUCGCUGUAGGGAUCCGAGGUGUCGUAUUGGUCGAAGGAGAAUACACCGGGAUCCCAUCGAUCCCUGCAUGCAACACGCUACGUGCGGUGUAUGAUGCGCCAUCUGUCUUGAGCAGUCUAGUACUGGACGCUGCGCUGCUUUUCAUGCUUCUUGUGGGACUUCGGCGCUGGCAUAAUCCUAACGCGUCGGCCAUCUGGCGUCUCCUCUGGAACCAGGGACUGGUGUACCUGGCUAUCACUAUCAUCGUGGAGAUACCGUUGACCGUCUUGCUGUUUCUGAGCGAUCAUGAGAUAGUGUUCUUGUUCCUUGACUUACCGUUCACGCUCAUGCUCCCUAUGGCCGCGACGCGCUUAUAUCGCUCUUUGACGACAUUCUCAAGCGGAAAACAAGGCGGUCUGGAGUAUGAGUCCAUGUAUAAGCCACCGGAAGCUAGUUCAUUGGGCGAGAGGUACGAGUUGGACAUACAGCUUGGCGUGCCCUUGGAUACUCUGCCUACGAGUAGUAAUAAACGCAUCGCGCGAUCGGAGGACUCUCUAUAG